AUGCAGCUCUCUCUCGCCCUGUGUCUCGUCUGCCUGCUGGUGCACGCGGCCUUCCGUGCGGUGGAGGCCCAGGGGUGGCAGGCCUUCAAGAACGAUGCCACGGAGAUCAUCCCAGAGCUGGGCGAGUACCCGGAGCCCCCACCGGAGCUGGAGAACAACAAGACCAUGAACCGGGCAGAGAACGGAGGGAGGCCUCCCCACCACCCCUUUGAGACCAAAGACGCGUCCGAGUACAGCUGCCGCGAGCUGCACGUCACCCGCUACGUGACCGACGGGCCGUGCCGCAGCGCCAAGCCGGUCACCGAGCUGGUGUGCUCCGGCCAGUGCGGCCCGGCGCGCCUGCUGCCCAACGCCAUCGGCCGCGGCAAGUGGUGGCGCCCGGACGGGCCGGACCUCCGCUGCAUCCCCGACCGCCUCCGCGCGCAGCGGGUGCAGCUGCUGUGCCCCGGGGGCGCCGCGCCGCGCGCGCGCAAGGUGCGCCUGGUGGCCUCGUGCAAGUGCAAGCGCCUCUCCCGCUCGCACAACCGGUCGGAGCUCAAGGACUUCGGGCCCGAGGCCGCGCGGCCGCAGAAGGGCCGGAAGCCGCGGCCCCGCGCCCGGGGCGCCAAGGCCAACCAGGCGGAGCUGGAGAACGCCUAUUAG